AUGGGGAUUGAACAGCCAAUGAGAAGAAAGGGCCAAAAGAGGACUAGUAUGAAACGUAACUGUUGUGUGGGAAUUCUUGGCAUGAGAUGGAAGGAGAUAAGAGAUAAGAAAGAUUCUUUAGAGGAGUUUGAGGUUAUAUUGAGAAGGGGAUUGGCUUACCACACCGGCAGGGAAGAUAGGGCUAGCGAGGAACUUAAUGAUCGCAAGGAACUUUGUGCUGGCGAGGAACAAGGUACCGGCAAGGAACAUGGUGCUGGCGACGCCGGUGGGUUUGUUAAUGAGCAUGACGACCAAUCCACCGGACCCAACCACAACAAGCAAGCCAGCGGUGGGCCGCUACGCUUUUGGCCUAAAAAGCGUAGCGUAGCGGCACUUUUUUGCGCCAAAAUUUUGUAG